AUGUUCGGCCAAGUGUGUCUAUUACUGCUGACAGCCACCGCUGCCACUCGGUGUCAGGAACUCCUCCAGGAUCAAGAAAUAGUGCCUGUUCCUCAUUUGCAGUUUAUAAUUGUUUUCUUAUGUAAUGGUCAGGUUCAAACCGCCAGCGAUGUAGAAGGCAGCGACCAACCGACAGGGCAGGUGAAAAGGGACACAACCUUAGGGGAGGAAACCCCGAGAGCUCUGUACCCUGGCACAGCCGCCGACCUUCUGCAGGGCAUUUACAGUGGAUGUCUGGAAGAUGGAGACUUCUCCUGUGUCAAGCCGAAGGUCUUGGCUUUCCUCAGCGCGUCUGUCAGCCAGGACAAGAUCAGGAUAUCUCGAGACCUCAGUGUAGUCAGGCGGGAUGACGUGCCCCUCCAGGAAUCACAACAGGCGGGCGCUGACACGGACCCCGCCCUCGCUUCCGCCAACCCUGCAGUACAGAAGGCGGUCCGCCAGCUUAUGUUAGACCGUGUAGAAGAUUUCCUGGCCACUCACGAACUGAGGGUUCGCGUGCCUAAAGAGUUGACGAACCCCGAACUGCUUGCCUACGUACCGAGCUUCCUGCUGAAGAAUCUGCCGCAGGAGAUCCGAGUUCCACUGGCCGAUAGUGCCGUCCAGGGACGAGGUCGCGGUGGCAUGUUACGCAAAGUGGUCAUCCCCUUCCUGCUCGGUCUCAAGUUCAAGGUCUCCGCCCUGAUGCCACUGGCUCUCGCCCUCAUUGCCCUCAAGACCUGGAAGGCCCUCACCCUCGGUCUCCUGUCCAUCGUACUCUCGGCCGCCAUGGUCAUCUUCAAGAUCACAAAGCCCAAAGUACUGAACUACGAGGUCGUCCACCUGCCGCACCCUGCCCCCGUCAUCGAGCAUUACGAGCACCACCACGGCUACGGCAGAGCCUUGGGAGCGCAACCUCUCGCCUACCGAGCUUACUUCAAACAGUAAAACCGAUCACCGAAGAACCGUUUUGUAAAUAACAAAUAUUUAGCUCUACGACACCUUAUUUUCAAGGAACCUGUUGACAAACUUUAAUUUAUUUAAUUUAUUUUUGUUUUGAUAGAUUAUAUUUCUGU